GGCCAGACCAAAGAUGUGUUCUACACUCCGGAGUAUCUCAGGGAAGUGAUUUACCUGCAUCGGACAUUGUUGGCCAACUUGUCUACUCUGCAGGUCCUCCCCUUUGACGACAAUCUCUGCCUGGUGGAGCCCUGCACCAACUUCGAGGCCUGCAGGUCUGUUGUUCGACAAGGCGUUGCCCAGCCCGUCAUAUCCUCGAAGACGGUCCUGUUCCGCCCAGUGCACCCAACCCAGAUUUUUCAGUGUGUGUGUCCAUAUGGAUUUGCAGGCAUGAACCAGACCAAAAUGUGUGACACGGAAAUUGAUCUGUGCUAUAGCUUUCCAUGUCAGAAUAAUGGUGCUUGCCUGCGCCAUGAGACAGGAUACACUUGUCAGUGUAAACCGGGCUUUACAGGCAAUGUCUGUGAGUACAAUAUGACAGCCCGAUUUGACAGCCUCACCUGUCCCAGUGGUCAGUGUAAAGGGCCUUCUCAUUGUGUCCCUCAGUCAGAUGGUGGAUUUGUUUGUGCCGAUUGUCCAGAUGAUGGAUAUCACGACAACCAGUGCCGGCUUCGGACCAAAAGUUUUUCCAGAGGAUCCUACCUGACAUUUCCAUCGGUGAAAUCCAGGAACAGAUUUACAAUACAGCUAAG